AUGCUGAGUUUGAGCAGAAGCUUUACGUGGCUGAGAGAUCCUGAACAUGUUCAUAAUAUCAUAAAGCUUUUACUGAAGCAGCUUGUCAGCAAGGCGCCGGUGAUGCUGUUCAUGAAGGGUCAUCCAGAUGCUCCACGCUGCGGCUUCAGCAAGAAGACAGUUGCCAUUCUUGGAGAAACCGGGGUGAAGUAUGACACGUUCGAUAUCCUGUCAGAUGACGAGGUGAGACAGGGGUUGAAGACAUUCUCCAACUGGCCGACUUAUCCCCAGUUGUAUGUUAAGGGAGAACUUGUUGGGGGACUUGACAUUAUCAAGAUAUUCGGAUAA